AAUUUUGAUUUGGAGGAGGUCCAACUUCAAAAGGAGCAAGAAGGCGUUUGCAGCAACUGUGAAAGUGUUGAGUCCAAACACUGUCCGAAUUCUGAUGAAAUUCAGAAUUUAAGUUCACCGGAGAAGGGAGCGACAGUCAAGAAAAGCAUAGACUUCAACAGAUCAAGCUUUCUAGAAGAAUAUAAUUUCAGUCCUGCAGAAAAGGAAACACUAAUGAAAAUUGCUAUACCUGAAAUUCUUGAAAUCUGGCUGGAGGAGUCUGCCGAAGACUUUCGUCAAGUUCCAACUUACUCUUGUCUCCGGAAGGUACUUUCCUACUUGAACCAGACAGUGCCAGGGUCAGAUGCUGAAGAACGGGCCCAGAAACUCCUGAGUCGUUUUUUGGCGGAGGAAGCAGCGGAGAAAGAGAUGUUCAAAGGCUACCGUAGAAGAGUCAGAUUCUGUGUGGGAGAAGAACACGACCAAACCAUCGAACAAGUUGACGAAAAGCUCCUGUCCUACCCAUCACGCUUCAUUGCAGAGCAGCUGACUUUUAUGGAUGCUGAUCUUUUUCGGAAACUUGUGCCCAGCCAAUGUUUAGGGUCCAUCUGGUCUCAACGAGGGAAGGAAGAAAAACACCAUCUGGUAUCAACCGUCCAGGCCACCAUUACACAGUUCAAUAAUGUUACAAAAUGUGUCACCAGCACCAUAUUAAGACCUCAACAGCUGAAACCACGGCAGACGGCUAAAAUCAUUGAGAAAUGGAUUGAUGUUGCCCAGGAUAUAGUUCAGGGAAUUGUGCCGUACCUGGGAACUUUCUUAACAGAGUUUUCAGUGCUGGAUUCAGCUUUCCCUAAUUACCAUUCAGAAUAUGAAAUAAUUUUGGGUAUCAAAUCCCUGCAGUUUGCUUGCUCAUCAUACACCCUUCGUUCAAACGAGAAUUUUCUAGACUUGUUCUUUAUGCAACAAUACUUAAGUGAGGAUAGCGAGUACGUAACUGGUAUUGUAGGAGUGUGCAGGUAAAACAGUUAAGGGUUGUGUGUGAAAUCUUCUCUAGUUAUAAUUGCUGUUUAAUGCUAGUGAGCUGCCAGUUUACUUACUGUCUUCCUUUUCCUUGGUUUCAAAGUUUUGACAAUGAAUUCUGACCUAUGAGGAUAAAGCCAGUUGCUCAAUGAAUCAAUUCUGUCGU